UACAAUCCCUCCCCAGCUCCUCGCACAGGGGAUACAGUCUCUAAAGCUGCACCCCGUUCACCGAGCACGCCAGCGAGGAUCGCCUCCACCUGUAUAUUUCCUUUAUAUUCUCCACAUACGCUUUACCUUUCAACCGCUGCGUGUACAGGUUUGUUCAGUCUCAGCUCAGGACAAUGAGGCGUCACACCUCCGUUGCUGUCUGCAUGGACUGAGAGACGCCUUUCCGAACAGCAGCAGUCGAUGUGGUGUGCCAUCGCAUCUCCUGCAGCUGAGAGUCCAGCAUGUCUCGCGCUUCCUCCACUGCCAAGCGCUACACCGGCUCCUCCUACACCAGCCACUAUGGCUCCUACAGCUCCUCCCUGGCGCCCACGCUGGGCUCCUACAGCGAGCGGGACAAGCUCCCCUAUAAAACCGCCUCCUCCGGCUACACCUCCUCCGGCUACCUGAGCUCGUCCGCCAGCCGCGUUCGCAACUACAGCACGUCGUCGGAGCCGGACCGGGGGCGGCCCAUCCCGCGCACCGACCUGCUGGCCGGCCGGCGCAGCGAGAGCCUGAGUCGCACGCCGGCCAAGAGCUACAGCUCGGGCCUGAGCGGGGGCGGCACCGGGGGCUACUCCAGCUACAGCUACUCCCCGGCCCAGUCCAGCUACCUCUCCGCCUCCCCCACCGCGUCCACCGCGGCGCUCAGCCGCCGCAAGUCGGUGAGCCAGACCGACCUGACGCGGGACCUGGCCUCUCUGGGGCUCAGCGACACCUCCUACUCCUCCUCCGGCGGCGGCCUGAAGACGUCCUACCGGAGCCGGGCCAGCGACGCGGCUGAGGCGUACAGCAGCGCCCGCUCCAGCUACGGCCUCUCCCGCAGCUCCACGCAGGACGCCCUCAGCAGCAGCAGCAGCAGCCGCUUCACCUCCUCCUGGGACCGGGGCGGCACCGGGCGCUCCAGCUCCCCCUCGCGAGACACCGUGAACUCGAAGAGUGGCCAGGGGCUGGUGGGCCUGCGGAACCUGGGAAACACUUGCUUCAUGAACUCCAUCAUUCAGUGUCUGAGCAACACUCGGGACCUGCGCGACUACUGUCUCCACAACUCCCAUCGCCGAGACCUUAAUAACAACAGCCGCACCAACACCGCACUCAUGGAAGAGUUUGCCAAGCUCAUACAGACACUGUGGACGUCGUCAGGCAGUGAGGCGGUCAGCCCCUCUGAGUUUAAAACUCAGAUCCAGAAGUACGCCCCCAGAUUUGUGGGCUACAACCAACAGGACGCUCAGGAGUUUCUGCGCUUCCUGCUCGACGGACUGCACAACGAGGUGAAUCGGGUAACGGUCCGGCCCCGAGGUCACAUGGAAGACUUCGAUCACUUACCGGAUGACGAGAAAGGGAAAAAAAUGUGGAAUAAAUACCUGGAGAGAGAAGACAGCAGGAUAGUGGACCUGUUCGUGGGCCAGCUGAAGAGCUCCCUGACGUGCAGUGAGUGCAGAUACUGCUCCACAGUGUUCGACCCCUUCUGGGACCUCUCCCUGCCCAUCGCAAAGAAAGGCUAUGGGGAAGUGAGCCUGAUGGACUGUAUGCGGCUCUUCACCAAAGAGGAUGUGCUGGAUGGGGAUGAGAAGCCGACAUGCUACAGGUGUAAAGCCAGAAGAAAAUGCACAAAGAAGUUCACAAUCCAGAAAUUCCCCAAGAUACUGGUGCUGCAUCUGAAACGUUUUUCUGAAGCUCGGAUCAGAACCAGCAAACUGUCUACCUUCGUCAACUUCCCAAUGAAGGAUCUGGACCUCAGGGAGUUUGCAUCUGAAAACAGCAUCAAUGCAGUCUAUAACCUGUACGCAGUGUCCAAUCACUCAGGCACCACUAUGGGUGGACACUACACAGCCUACUGUCGUAACCCCACCUCUGGAGAGUGGUACACCUUCAAUGACUCCAGAGUAACGCCAAUGUCCUCCAGCCAAGUCCGCAGCAGCGACGCCUACGUGCUGUUCUACGAGCUGUCCUCCUCGCGAAUGUGAGGUUCCUCACAGGUGGGCGGGGUGCCGACAGAGGAGCGGGAGGGCAGGAGCCAGGCCCUCUGGGACUGAACCGUACAAAAAAAAAAAAACGUGGCUAACAUACCCCCCUCCCCCGAAGCCGGAGAGAGGAUUCCUCCCCCCCGGGGUCACAGCCGCAUGCAUAAGGGUAGAAUGGAGAGAGGUUCCUCUUUCUUUCUCUCCCUCACUCGCUCUCUCCCCCCUGGGGAAGCAGGGCAGAGGGAAAGAGUGCAUUUCUGUGCAUGUGACGCCAGCCUGUGGGGGCAUCUCCAGGCAGCAGUUCAAACAGCCGCGUCACAGAAGUCCCCGUCUAUGCACCACAACCCGCAAACUCUCACCCCCGACUGCGCCUUCUCUCCCACCAUCGUUUCAACAUUAAAGACUAAUUUUUUCUCCUUUUUUCUUUUCGUUUUGGAUUUUCUUGUUUUUUUGUAUUUGUAUUCUUCCUCACCCUUCGGGAAUGGUUUUGCGGUGCCCCCUGCUGGGGAGUUCCCGUAGGAGGCGAUUACAGAUCGCAGACAUGCACCCAUUUAACAGCUCGCAACCCUAAACUCUCCCCUCCUGUCGCACUCUUACUUCUCACCACUGUCCGCGUGCCUGUCUUUCUUAAUCUCAUCUACCUGAUCUUACUCCCCUCUGCCUUUCGCCACCUCAUCCUUUGUCUCCGUCUCCCGGUGGGGUUGAAGGGACGAGGGCUGUGCUGUUGGACGCCUGCUGUGUGCUCAGAGGACUCCCUCACUUGUGUUUUCUCAGUGUGGCUGCUACUGACAUUUUAAAAUGCUGUGAAUGAAAGGACAAUCUGACAACAACAACAACAACAACAACAACAAAAAAAUUCUUAACAGUAUGGAUUCAUCACUGAUUUCAUGCCAUUGAACAACAUAGAAAGAAUGUUUUGAAGACACUAUAUAUGUAUAUUUUUAUAUUAUGAUGCAAUAUAGAGAAUGUACUAUACAGUGGUGCUGAAAAUUGACCCAUUACUGUUUUCGGUUAAUAUAACAGUUGAACGAGAGAGACUAUUAUUUAUGCUUAUUGGUGAUAAAGGAGAUGAGUAACACUUUUUAACAGUGGCACUCAAAAACAUAUAUAUAAAUUAAUAAAUUAAAAAACAGAUGCUGUGUACUUCUGUGUUCCAUGUUCCAUUAUUGUGGUGAAAUUGUUCAGAGGGUUGGAUUUUUCUUCUUUUUAAGCAGAAUGCAGUCCCCAGGUAUAUCCUUGAUAAUAUUAUUUUCUCUACACAUGAGAGACAGAUGCAGAAUUUAGACUGUGAUCGAGUCUUGUCGUGUCUAACAGUAUUCAUACCCAAAGUUAGUUCUAUUUAUUUAUGUAUCAGUAGAAAAGACUGGCUGUUUGAAGAUAUGGAUUUUAUGUAUUGAGUACUGACAUAUAAAAUAGAGUUUAUACAACAGUAAAGUUUAAAUAUUUGUACAUGCAUUAUUCAGUCAGAUACAAGAGUCCUGACCCCAAAGACCCCAUUUCUACAGCCCAUAUAUUUUCAUGUUUACUGAGGGCAGAGAUGCUGUGCAUACAAUUUGUCAUGGAAUCAGGGUACCUCAAACAAGGCCUAGGCCACUGAAGUGGACAGAGGCCAGUUUCUCCAAACUGGUAGUAUGCCUGCCUUUAUGCUGCAUAUAACAGAACAGUCUGAUGUAGUAUAUACACCUGUUGUACCGCCUAGCCUUACGUCCUCCAUCUUAUGCCUUGGUGUAAAUCCUUUACCUAGCAUAAAGCAGACAUGUGAUUUCAGUUAUGACUUCAAAUUAUGUAUGACUGGCAAGAAAAAAAUCCAGCACAUGUAUGGUGUAACAUACAAAUUUCACAACAAGCAGGCAUAUAGCUGGUAGUUAAAUAUUUUAUACUGAAACAAUCCAUUGUGUAUUAAGAUUUUGGACUGGGGAAGAAGAGACCUGCAAAGUAGUUUAUAGAUGAGCUCUUAUGAAUACAACUGAGAUCUUAUGCAAAUUAUGCAAAAUGCAGCAUCAUCAGUUAAUAAUUAAAGUGCACAAAUUCACAACAUGCCUUGCCAUCCACAUAGUAUCGGUGUACUUGGCAGUCAAUGUGUUCGAUUUGAUGCUGUAGCUAGCUGCAGUAUGUAAUUAAAUUAGUUGUGCUUCCUAGUCUGUAAUGUUGAAAAAGAUAUCAGCAAAAUCCAGAAUUCCAACUUGGAGAAGAAUAAAAGAACCAUGCCUUAAUUCCAUCUCUGUUCACAACUAUUGUCAUCUGUGGCCAGAUUUACCAAAGGGUUAUGUGUGUAUUAUGUGAGGUAACAGUCCUCAAACAUUUAAGUAGAAUAUAUUAGGCAGCCAUCAGUGGUGAAAUUCACAACAGAAAGUUUUCCUCAAGGAUACAUUCACUGUGCACCUUUGAUAAAUAUGCAGUUCUUCAUAUGUGCGCAUAUAACUGGUGAAAGUGCUAAAACUUGGAGGGGAUUUCGCAAAUGGGGUCAAUGAAGUAUUCCACUGAAUACUUGAUUGCUAAAGCCAAUUUUUAAAUAAAAGUAAGCCUAAUAUUUGUGAGCAAAUUCUACAACCUGUGAAAAGCAGGUGUUUUUUGGGAACUGCAUGUAUUGGUUGUGUAAGCUUAGCACCACAAAGAAACUCAAUAAAUGUACAAUUUUCAUUAAACAUUAAAUACCAUAUGAUAAAAUUUAACUCAUUUUAGAUUUUAUAUAUUGAUAUAUCGUGUAGAUGCAAUAUUAGAGACAAAAAUAAACUUCUUUAGUAGUCCUAAUAUUUUCACUUUGGCUUAAUUUUGUUGCACAACUUGAAACUAAUGGUUGAAAAAGGCAGAGACAGCUAAAAA